UUACUCAGUUCUUACCUGGAACAACUGUUUCGACAGCACUUCUUUGCUUCAUAGGACGUUAACUAACGCGACCAAAUUCGGAGUGAUCAUACCGGUACAGCUUUCUCAUCUGAAGAAAACAUACAUAGAAGAAUCAUUACAGAAUCAUGAUAUUAAAGUCCCCAGACACCUGCAGAGGACUGCAUGCUCGUUGAAAAAGCAGUCUGGCUUCUCAAAGGAGCAGGGCAGUGUAGUAAGGAUCUGUAAUUACCAUGACGACUACAAACGAGGAGGUUAACAUCGAGCAGCUGAAGCUGCUGAAACGCAUUUUCGAGGAAGCUGAUGCAGAUGGCAGCGGUGAGCUGGACAUCGAUGAGUUCUGCGACAAGCUGGGUCCCUACCUGGGCGACGCGGUGGGGCAGCCUCUGCGUACCCGGGAGGACAUCCGGCAGCUGUUCAUGAAGAUUGAUGCGGAUGCGGGAGGCACCGUGGACUGGGAUGAGUUCACCAACUUCAUGUUCCUGGAGAGGGCCCAGAUGGCAGGGGAGAGCGCCAGCGAGAACUGGCGGCUGUUUCCGCAGGACUUUCGAGACCGCAACGACCCCAGUGUGACGCACAGAGGCGCGGUGGACCGCGUGCUGUACUGCGAGGCGGUGGACAAGUACAUCUCCUGCGGCCGCGACGGCACCUUCCGCCUGUGGAACGGCCUGGACUGCCGCCACUUCAAGACCAUCAGCCUGGGAUCCUCCUGGAUCACCGACGCCAUCUACAUGCCCAACGCGCGCAAGCUGGUGUUCACAACGGCCGACAGAGCCAUAUCGUACUACGAUGCGAACCGUGGGUCGUUCGAGCUGACCGGCCGGCUAUAUGCAUCAGGCGGCAUGGGUGUGCCGCAAUGCCUGACGCUGGUCACCAACGAGGCGGGCGAGCAGCUGGUGUACGGCGACUCCAAGGGGGCGGCCAUCAUGCUGCUGUGCGGCUCCAGGGAGUGGCCGGCGCGCGACCUCAUCAGCACGGAGGAACACCAGGACUACAUCUACAUCCACCAGGACCAUUCCGACUGGAUUAGCCAGAUCACGUGGGUCCCCGAGAUCGGCCUCGUGAGCUCCUCGCUGGACGCCACCAUCAAGGUGUACGACUUUGUACGGGAGCGCGUGAUCAACACCUGCACCCACCACUCCAAGGCGGUGCAUGGCUUCGUGUGGUGCAGAGCCUACUCCAUGUUCGCCUCAUGCGGGCAGGAGCGCGAUGUCAUACUGUGGCAGGGCAACACCAUGCGCAAGGUCGGCGACCUUACGGGCCACACCGCCAGCGUGUCGCACAUCGCCCUGGACGAGCGACUCAACCACGUCUUCACCCUGGCAGUGGACAAGACAAUCAAGGUGUGGGACCUGCGCAACCACAAGUGCCUGCAGACGCUGACGGAGGACGACUGGCGGCGGCCCGAGGAGUGCAAGCCCAACUGCCUCAUGUACGACGCGUCGCACCGGCGCUGCAUCACCGCCAUGUCUAAACCCUACGUCUGGGUGCACAAAAUGGUGGCGCAGGACCGCACCGGCCACAUGGAGCCCAUCCGUGCUGCGCUGUACAACAGACUGUUCGGGGUGGUGGUUUCGGUGGACGAGGGAGGCACCGUGUGCGUGUGGAAUCUGGCCAACGGAGCAAGGGAGGGUCGCUUCACGCGCGCGCACGGCGACUCGCGUAUCACCACCGCCUGCUUCGACAACAACGAGCGGCGGCUGCUGACGGCCGCCAACGACGGAGCCGUGCGCAUGUGGAAUUUCAACAACGGCUCGCUGCUGAGGGAGUACAAGCAUGACGAGGAGGAGCUGGAGGUGUCCACGGUGGAGUACGCGGCGGAUGAGAAGCGCAACGCGGACUCGGUGUUCGCAGCAGGCUGGAACUGCAAGGUGUUCGUGUGGGACGACAUGGAGACCACCAGCGGCAUGGUUACCGAGUACCGCACGUUCGAGGGCCACCGGGAGGACAUCAUCACCAUGGCCGCCCUGCCCGCCCGCCACCUGCUGGCCACCGGGGACUACGAGGGCAGGAUCAACGUGUACCAUCUCUUCACAGGCGAAAAGCGCACCUCCCUCUUCCACCGCGCCGAGCGCUACGAGUCCUCCGUGGAGCGGCUGUGCUGGCUGCUGCCGCCGCCGCCGCCCACCUCCGCCGCCCGCAGCACCAGCACCGGCUCCGUUACCUUCAACUACAGCAGGAGUGUGGGCGGGGGCACGUCGGGCGGCGCGGCGCGGAGAGGCUCGGGAGAUGCAGGGACGGCGGGAGGAGGGGCGGGGGCGGCGGAUGAUGCAUUCUGGGGCGGUAGCGGCGGGCCGUGCCUGCUGAUCUCCUUUGGUGGCGAUGGUCUGAUGCGCAUCUGGCUCAUCGGGGCGACGGGCAAGCUGCUUGCCACGCUGCCCGCCGCUCAGGGCCGGCUGGACGUGGUCACCGCCGCCGCCGCCUCGCCCGAGCACGACCACCUGGUGGCUGGCGACACGGCGGGUCACAUCCGCGUGUGGGACCUGCGGCAGGGGGUGGACGUCAGCAGCAUGCAGGCGUGUCGCGACUCCUUCCGUCAACGCGCGCACUGGCUGGCGCACAACAGCGGCAUCAACGGCCUGUCCGUGGUUCCGGAGCGGGGCAUCAUCGUGGCGGCCUCCAAGGACUGCAACGCCUCUCUCUGGGACCUGGACGGAUGCCUGAUUGGCGUGCUAGGGGAGCACAGCUGGCAGCUGGACAACCGCACCUCCUGGCAGGACCCCACGGGGGAGCGCCGGCGGCCGCCGCUAGACGAGGCCGCCAACCUGUACCUUGCCUCAGCCACCGCGGGCAAUGAGGGCGGCGAAGAGGGCAAGGGAGCGGCGGGGGACAAGGGCGGCGCGGGGGCGGAUGGCGAGGGUGCGGGCGAGGAGGAUGUCUUUAAGGACUACUCGCCCAUGCAGCGGGCGGCGCUAAAGCUGGAGGAGAAGCGCGGGCGGGCUCGCGAGGCGGAGCGGUCACUGCCGCUGGGCACACAUUCGCUGCUGCGGGUGCACGAUCUGCAGGAGGUUCCCUCCUCAGCGCGAGAGCUGCUGGGUCAGGACGUGCGCGCCAGCCGCAUCAAGGCGUCAUGGCCCGCUGCGCCCUCGUCAGGCGGCGCAGCAGGGGGAGCAGCGGCAGGCGGGAAAGCAGGCGGCGGCGGCGCAGUGCAGUUUGGGACGAGGCUUACGGGAACUCGGUAGCAUGGGGGGGGGGGUAGAAGGAAGAGAUGCAGUUGCAUGUGUGUCCAGGUAUGUCGGAGGGGCGGAUAAGGUCGUGCAGGCUGUCGCGCGGUUGGGGUGGAGAGGCAGGACGAAGUCGGGUACUGGCAUUCCAGCUGGCUAUCAGUCAGUCAGCUGGGUCCUGGCAGGGCGUCUGUGUCUCUGCUGUAGGAGCAGGCGCACACUCCGUGAGGGGUGCGGGUCGCAGCGGGUGCGAGGAGCGGUGCUGCACGCACGCUGCCGGCAACCCCUCAACCCCCUCAGCACAUGACGAUACACACCGGACACCGCAGAUACGUUCCUUGUUCGUACCGCGCGUCACAGCAAGUUCCUCACUUGACCUCAUGACCCAUUCAUUAUCAUCCGGUGGCAUGGCGGCACCAUGGAUGGCAUGUGCCCACUGCAGCAAGCUCUGCAUAGGGGAACACGCACGGGGGUGUCGCAGCCAUGUGCAUCUAAGGGGAUGGCUUGCGGGCCACAUGGGUUAUAGCGCAGGCAAGGGGUCCCGUUGGGGCUGUACAGCGAACUAGCAUGUGGAGGGAGUCAUGUGCCAAGCAAGGUGGUCGUCCGGUGCCUACCUCUCUGGACCGUUCCAGUGUGUGUUAAGAACUCUGGCCGCGAGUAGGAACGUACUGGGUAUGUGUCGCACUGGUAACGAUGGAAGGCCUGGCGGUAGGCAAAGUGUCACGGGUUAAGCAGUCCGUUUCGCGUACCGGUAAUAUAAGCCGUCUUUGUCUCCUGGUGUCAGUCUAUACUCGAGACGUACUGAGCGGAUUGCGGUGCCCACUUGUAUGGUGAGCGGGCGUUCUACAUUUUUUAUGCCAUCCAGGAUGCGCGCGUGUCUGCUUUGAUGGGGCGAUGUUGGACCGCAUGCUGCUUGGGGGUUAUUCCCCCUCCUGGUCGCCAUUCACUUGUCGCGGAAUUGGCAAA